AUGAAAUCAAUUAUUAUUCUACUAUCAAUCAUUGUAAUCUUUUCAUUUUCUCAUUUCAACAAUGCCGUCUAUGGACAUGAAGAAGAAUUAGAUUGUGCCAAUGUAACAUGUGGUAAUCUAACUUGUAAUCUAGAUCAAGGAAUUUACUCUACCCCAGACCAAUGUUGCAACAGCUGUAGAAACUGUACUGAAAUUGAAUGUCCAUCAGUGCCAACUUGUCCAACCAACUUUGGAUUGUUAAAUAUCCCUGGCAAAGAAUGCUGCCCAUCAUGUCGUCAAUGUCAAUCUGGUUUAGAUUAUGGAUGUGAAUUAAAGUCACCAUUCAAGUGUCCAGGAGGAUUCUUAGCAGGCAAAAAAGUAAACAGCUGUUGUACUUUUUGUUUGCCAUGUCCCAAGACUACUGUUUGUCCAAUCGUUACCAAAUGUACCCUUCCAUACAAACUCUCAUAUCCAUCGAUUGGAGGGUGUUGUAAGCAAUAUUCUUGA